UGGCAGGUGAGUCCUGUAACGACCCACCUCUCUUUUGCCCUCUCCCCUUUCACCUUUCAUCUGAACAAACAUCAACUCCACGAAGAAGAAGGCUACCCCGCCUGAAAGGAUCGUGAAAAGAUUGCUUCUUUUGUCAAUCUCUUUCAGAAUCAAAAGAAACCCAGAAGAGAACUGGAAGCUUGUGCUGUGGUGUUCAUUCUUUACCCUUUGCUGCGUUUCCUUCUGAGAGCAAAGUCUAGCUUAUUCCACACUGUUGAGUGGUACCCACAUCAGAUUUCUCUGAGCUUCCCCUGAGCACCAUGAUCAUUCUACUCGGGGACUGAAGUCAAGAGCAAGAGGAAGAGACACACAUGUAUGUGCAGAUCCAAUUGCGUGUGAAUAGAUUACAUGUACUCGAGCAAUUUGAUAGGGUUCAUACUGGCACUGGUGUCCAGUGCCUUCAUUGGCUCCAGCUUUAUCAUCAAGAAGAAGGGUCUUCGCAGAGCCGGCGUCAAUGGGCCUAGUGCGAGUGUUGGAGGCUACGGUUACUUGUUGGAGCCACUGUGGUGGAUUGGCAUGAUCACUAUGGUUGUGGGAGAAAUAGCAAAUUUUGUAGCAUACAUAUAUGCCCCUGCUGUGCUCGUGACUCCACUAGGCGCUUUGAGUAUCAUUGUUAGUGCUGUUUUAGCGCAUUUCUUGUUGAAUGAGAAGCUACAGAGAAUGGGGAUGUUGGGUUGUCUUCUUUGUAUUGUGGGUUCUACAAUAAUUGUGCUUCACGCACCUGAAGAAAUGUCUGUCACUUCUGUGGAAGAAAUAUGGGAGUUAGCAACUCAACCAGCUUUCCUUUUGUAUACAGCGUCAGUAGUUGCAGUAGCAUUGGUACUGAUUCUAUAUUGCGCUCCUCGCUAUGGUCAGACAAACAUCUUGGUUUAUGUAGGAAUUUGCUCUACUAUUGGAUCAUUAACGGUUAUGAGUAUAAAAGCGAUCGGCAUUGCAAUCGAACUCACUUUAGAGGGCUCAAAUCAGGCUGUGUACUUUCAGACGUGGAUUUUUGCGAUGGUUGCGGUGACUUGUAUUAUCACUCAGUUGAACUAUCUAAACAUGGCAUUGGAUACUUUCAACACAACUGUCGUUUCUCCAAUUUAUUACGCCAUGUUCACAGCUUUUACAAUCUUAGCCAGUGCAAUAAUGUUUAAGGAUUAUUCUGGUCAAAGUGCGAGCAGCAUAGCAUCAGAGCUUUGUGGGUUCAUCACCGUGUUAUCGGGGACAGCUGUACUGCAUAGUACAAGAGACCCCGAUCCUCCAGUACUUACAGAUUUAUACACGCCAUUAUCUCCAAAAGUAUCGUGGUACAUACAAGGAAAUGGCGAAGUUUGGAAGCAGAAGGAUGAAGACGGCUCGUCCCCUAGUUUCAUAACAAUCCUUCGGCAGGACUAUUUUAAGUGAAGGUGUAACCAGACAUGCUUAGAGGAGAGACAUUUGGAGGAAAUCAACAGUAUUGACCCACUACUUGAGAGAAUUGAUACGUGACUCACCAUGACCUCCAAGUAUUCAAAAGACGCAGUGAAGUUCAACUUGUGACUUGCCGAAUCUCUUGUUUCCCUGCUCAGCAUGGCAAAUCAAGCCACGUAAUGGAAGUGCCAUCAGGUGAAAACAUUAUCCUUGCCUUCAUUUCUUCGGAUUUGUCCAACAAAUGAGUUCAGCUGCAUAGUGUUUUGAGCCUUUAGGCCACAAUUAUUUGUUUGUUUGAGCCCUGGGAUUCACUGAAACUUGUUAUUUGAUUACACACAGAAUAUGCAUUUGUACAUUAUUUGUCGCUGCUGGUUCUCCUGGUGUACAUUGCUUGUUUACGAAGCCUUGCGGGGUGUAUUUUUCUCAAGUUUGUUACAUGGAAACUUAGAUCAGUGAAAAAUAAAAAUUUAUUGGUGA